GAGGAAGACAAUGUUUGGGGAGAAAAACAGGCAAUGGAUUAUGUUUCUGCAAUUAUUUGUGAGCCUUUUAAAUUUAUUAUUACUGCUAUGGAGUAUCGGGAAAAUUAAAGAUGGAGCUAAUAUCGUUAAGUUUAUAAACUCUGCUUCUGAUUGUCCUGUGAAUUUGAAUUCCAAUACCAGUGUUAAGAAAGAUGUUCCAGGGACAGCUUUCCAUGCCACAUAUGAGCAAGAUCAGCGAUUCAUGAAUCCCAAAUCCAAAGAGUUGAAGCAAACAAUAAGUAUGCAGACAGGAUUUUCAACAUCCCAGCACUGCCAUGGUUCUUUUAAUUCUCUAACAUCUUCUAUAACGGACCCAAAUGUUCCUCGUUUCAGAAGGCUGGAAAAUCAAGCAUUCAAUUCAGUACGCAAUGAUUUUCAGGCAAAUGAAAGGAGUAUGAUUCCGAAAUCUCUGCCAAUGAAGCAUAUGAAUGCUCACAAGGCGUCUGCCUUUGGGCAAAAACAGCUAAAUAAUAACUUUUAUGGCAAAAAAUUUCCAAUGUCUAAAGGGAAACUGUUGGAAGUUGGAGUACCAAUGAGAUCAACAUUGAAGCAAUUCGUGGAAGUAACUCAUGAUGAGAAAAACAUAACAGGAUUCUCAAUUGAUGUAUUUGAAGCAGCUGUUAGGCUUUUGCCCUACAAAUUGAGAUACAAGAUGGUGCCCUUUAAUGGUUCUAUUGAUGAUUUGCUUAAGGAGGUUUCUCUCAAGACUUUUGAUGCAGCUGCCGGCGAUAUAGUAAUAAAAGCAGAAGGGUAUGAACUUGUGGAAUUCUCACAGCCAUAUGUGGAAGCAGGACUCACAAUGUUGGUUAAAGCUAGAACAAAUAAAUCACAUGCCUGGUUUUUCAUUAACCCCUUUACUCCAGGGAUGUGGUUUACUAUGGCAGUUAUGAGUGUGUUUACUGGUUUUGUUAUCUGUUUUAUUGAACGCCAGAACCAUGAAGAGAAUGGCGGUUCGCCUGCUAGACCAAUCAGAACUGCUUUAUGGAUUUCCUUUGCAACUCUCUAUUCUGGGCAGAGAGAAACACCAAAGAAUAAUUUAUCUAUUUUUGUGCUAGCACCAUGGUUAUUCCUGUUGCUAGUUGUUAGCUCAACGUUCACGGCGAGCCUCACCUCCUUAUUAACCAACCCACAUCCCGGACCAUCUAUAUUAGAUGUUGAUGUGCUCAAGAGAACGGAUGCCAUGGUUGGCUGUGAUGGAAGUUCCCUUGUAAUUCAGUAUUUAGUGAAAGUCUUACGGUUCAAACCACAGAAUAUCAGAGCCAUAGCUUCAAGCGAUGACUAUGCAAAGGCUCUAGCAAACGGAGAUAUUAAAGCUGCUUUUAUUUUGAUGCCUCACGCCAAAAUUUUUCAUGCAAAAUACUGCAGAGGCUUCACAAUUACAGGACCUACCUACAAGCUAGGCGGUUUUGGCUUUGCGUUUCAAAAGGGUUCUAGCUGGGCAUCAGACAUGUCACAAGCAAUUUACAUAUUAAAUGAGAGUGGGGAAAUGCAGCGAAGGGAAGAAGACAUGCUUUCCUCUUCCAGUUGUUCAGUUUCAACAUCUGAUGCCAAUGUCACCCCAAGUUUAGGACCAGAACCAUUUAUAGGAUUGUUCAUUAUUUCAGGAGGUGCAUCAACCGUUGCUUUACUAAUCACAUUGAUACGUCUGUUGAGACGACAUUGGAAGAGAAUAAUCAACGUUCAAGCAACAUUAGGAGGUACAAACUUUGUCCAUGGUUGGUUAACUACAAAUCUAAGAACUGAGCUUCAAUUUGCUAGGAAAUCGAGUAGCUCCACUCCUCAACCAGAAGGCUAGUAGGCAUAGGAGUAGAAGAGUUGCGAAGUUUAACUGUGAGCAAAAUGCAUAUUGUGGUUUAUAUUGGGAAAUUUUCUUUCACACAUUCGUGCAUUCCGUCAAUAAAAUGUAUUUGAAUGUGUAAUCUAAUAUGAUUUUAAUUAAUUUAUUAUUUAUUUAUCAGCC